UGUUGAUGUGGAGCUGUUGUAGUGUAAAUAGUGGGAUGAUGAACACUUUGAGAGUCAAUCUGUUGCUGUCCCGUCCGCACAUGAGUUUAGGUUUCGAUACGUCAUCAGAUCGACAACGCGUUGUCAUUGGUUGAAUCAUGAUGCAGCCUCGUGGACACCAGUUUCCAACUGACAUCUGAAGUCGUCGACAUUUUGAUUCUGCGGGACCAUAGGUAAGAAAUCACCAAGUGAAUCAUCCCGAAUAUUCCUGUUUGUCUUCUUGUUUUAAUUCCCAUAACUAAAACACUAAAAACGCUAAUGUAGAAGUAGAAGAGGUGUGACGUUUUGUAAUUUAGUUUAACUAGCUAACUUACUAUACCAAUGGUAGCUAAAGUAAUGGUGAAUGUUAAAUCUGGUAAAACUGCAGAUAAUUUUUUUUUAGUGGUGAUGUUAACGUUGAUCGUUGACCAUUAAAUGAAAUUUCAAAAUGAAAAUGCAGCAAUCAUUUGUUAACGUUAGCUGCCGCUCCCAAUUUCGCGCCUUGUGCAGGCUAAAUUGACUAGCUAUCCUUGAAAGCUAACGUUACAGAUUCCCGUCUGAAAUGAUUGAGUCUGACUUUAUUUGCACUACAUUUGGUAUUGUGCGUGUUCAAUAAACCAAUUGUAUUUUUAUGUUUUAGUAAUAUGUGAGGAAAACUACAGCAAUGCUUUUCAAAGUGCAGUACCAAGGAAAGAAGAAGUACAUCAAACUCAAUGGAGUAUCAUAUCCAGCAUUUCUCAGGGAGGCUAAAGAGAAGUUCAGCAUACCCCCUGAGACAAACAUGUAUGUGCUGGAUGACAGUGGAACAGAGGUUGAUGAAGAGGUCUUCAGCGACAUCUUGGAGGAAAAAGCAGACAUCCUGUGGACCAUUGUUAAUGUUCUUUCAGUUUCUGACUCUCCCAUCCAGUCCUCGUGCACAAACACCUUGUCACUAUCAUCACCCUCAUCAGACAGUGAUGCUUCUCUGAUGUCCCCAAAAAGACAGCGCAUUGAUGACACCUUUGUGAUGUCCCCAAAAAGUCUACAUACUGAUGACAGUUCUUCACAAGCCAAAGAGCUUGUCAAAAGAAUUCUGGAACAAAAGCCUGGAGGUGAGAAAAUCCUUGCAAAAUAUACAAUGACAGGAGAGAUGAAGGACCGAGCACGCCGUGAUCUCGUCAGCAUUGUUGUUGCUGAAAUGUUUGAAAAGUAUGGACGUGCUCCCCCUAUGGAUAAAAGAGCACAGUAUGCAUUGGGGAUAGUAACACUGUUCCCCUCUCUAAAAGAUCCCUAAUCCAAAAAAGGCUAUGAACACUUUUUUGACAUAGACAGCAAUGAGGGCUACAUUGCCUGGAAGAUUAAAAACACACAGCGAGAACUCAGCAAUGGCGGUACCAAUGGGGGUAGGAGAAGGAGCUCUCACACUACAGGCAGCAGCGGACCAAACU